AUGUUUCUUGAGGUCGGGACGCAUUUGGUAAUCAACCUCACCUCGAUCCCGAUCGUAUCAACCGAUCCGAUCUCACGAACGCCACUCUGCGUCAUCAUCUGGUUCGAUCACGUCUUAAUCUUCCUCUCUUAUCCGGUUACGUCUGCAUCUGACGGCAGUGACGAGAGGUCGCGCUCAGUCAUGGAAGUCCCAAUGCGCAAGCGCAUCGCCGGCAGAAUCAGGGCUUUUUUUGAUCUUGCCUCGCAGCGCCAACGCCACGUCAACUCUCAAGAGGUCAACGCAAGAGAACUAGCCCCUGAGACAGGCCUGACCACCAUGGACCGUGCUAUCCAAACCCUUGCCGAGCAAGCCUCCACGAACGCUCUUAAGAGGCCCGCUCUACGCUCCCUACCGACCUACCACGGCAAGGCUGGCCAAGGAAAUGGACAGUCCCAGGCGGUGAUGGCUCCCCUGAAGUCGGCCAGGGAGCCUUGCACCCUGGCGAGCCUCCCUGUCGAGCUCGUCAGCCAGAUCCUGUCUCUCCUACCAAGCCUGGUCGACCUGAAGGCGGCUGUGCAGGCGACGUCCAUCUUCCACCAAGCGUACUUGUCGGACCGCCGGCGCAUUCUCUACGUCGCCCUGCAGGCCACUCUCGGCGACAGCGUCUUUGUCGAUGCCUACGCCGUGCAGACGACGUCGCACUUUCAGAACCUAGCCCAGGUCGCUCGGCAGACGGCCAUAGAGCAUUUUAUCACUUUCAUCCAUCAGAGAUUCCCUUUCUUGCCAAGGAACACCAUUCUGCAACUGCCCGCAUGCAGCGUCGAGGAUCUGACUGGCAUAUCGGGCUUCUUUUUCUCCGCCAUCCGGCCGCUGCUGCAGAAGGUUCCGGAAAUGUUCCUGCAGGUUGCCCCCCCUGGCGUGGUGGUCGACCCCGUCAGCACACUGGAGACGAGGCGGAUCAUGCGGGCCUUGUAUCGCUUCGAGCUGUGGUGCAACCUGUACGGCGCCGGCUCCGAUGCUUGCCCUAACUAUCCUCCACUUCCGCGCGGUGGUCCUAUAGGCCUUCUCGAGAACUUCUUCGAGGUCUACCAGCCGUGGGAAAGAGAGGAGAUUGCCUGCGUGUAUACGAUGCUUUUCGAGAUGUACGAGGGGAUUUUCGAUGACGUCAGACUCCGUUUCGAAGAAGACGACAAGGCUCUCGAGGAGGAGGAGGCUAGCAAGGCCGAUGUACACGAGGUAGUUAGGCACGGGCUUGGUGGCUCUGCUGCUUACAAGGCAUUCUGUUCGCGUCCUGGACGAGAGAAGCCCCCAGCUGACGGCCAUCCUCCAUCCGUCGCAGAGGAACUGCGCUAUUUUAGCGACCAUAGCUCUCGGUUUUUCUUUCCAGUCCGGCCUACGCUGCACGUUACCACGCAGCGAAUCACCUACCCGACACCACCUAACCGAGACACGUUGGGCGUGCCUCAAGACCAUUGGAGAAACGGCGCGCUUGCCAAAGGCCUGAAAUGGCACCUACGCGUCAUGGGAUCCGGCGAUGUCUACGCGAAGCUGCGCAUGAUACUGUCCGAGGUGGCGUUCUUGUCCGAUCAGAACUCCUUGUCGCAGGCUCUGUCUUCGAACGCGCAGACGGAGAGGCGCAAGCGGGACCGCACGUUCUCUCGGUACCUGUUGGAGCCCCCGAACCUUCUGGAGCUAUUGUCGCUUUUCGGGGCCGACGCCGAGGACGAGCCGCCGCUUGCGUGGUUCGUCGUGUUCCGGGGCAGGUAUUGUAACUGGUGUGGAGGUGUGCUGCCGUGGGGACUGAAGUGCUGGGGCUGGGUGUUCUGGGACCGUCAGCGGCUGGAGAAAAUGGCCGGGUGGAUGUUGGAGAGGCUGGCAGGGCCUUGCAGUGGUGAGGGUCCAUACUAG